GAGUCGUCGCGGCGGCAAGCGGCAAGUGCAUCGCGAGGGACAAGGUGCGAAGGCACGAAGCGCGCCGCUCCUCUCACUCUGUUACCCCACCGGAUCCUUCCUGCCGCGGGCUUUGUUAUCGGAGCGCAUCCGGUGGGAUUCUAAAAGCCGCGGUGAGUCGCGCACGCUCGGGAGUGCACCGCGACACGUGCAGCCGUGCGGAUCGAGUGCGUCGCGUCGUCGUGUCUUACCAUCCUUGGUGUUGUCCACACAUUUGUACUACUUGCGAUCGUUUUGGGUCAAACUCCGGAGAUGCGCCUCGUUAUAUCUCAGGGCUAGGCUUCGACGUCCGCGGAGAGAUUUCUCCAACGACGAAGAUUUCUCAACGGCACACCGCCAAGUCGGACAAUGUUGUGAAAAAUAAAUCGCCGAUUACGGAAUAUUUUCGCGUGUUACCCGCGCGAAGGUGAUUCAUCGAUCUCUAAACGUUGCGAAUACGCGCGCGGAUCAGGGCGAAAGUACGAAGAACAAUCUCGCUGAAAGAUGAAGCAUGAGGGAAAUUGCUCGACGGCGGAGGACUGCAAUGGAAUUUUGUUGCAAACUAGAAAGAGUUCGGCGGUGCGACUGCAGAUCGUGCCGGCGCAGCCGAAAACGAUCACGCAUCUGCCGAAGAGGCCGCCGGUCGACUUGGCAUUCACCGAUCUCACGUAUAAAGUUCGAGAAGGCCGCAAAAGCAAUGUGAAGACGAUCCUCAAAUCCGUCAGCGGCAGACUGCGGUCCAGCGAGCUGACGGCUAUUAUGGGCCCUUCAGGCGCUGGAAAGUCAACGCUCCUAAAUAUCCUCACCGGAUACAAGACGACAGGCGCGGAAGGCAGCGUCACGAUGAACGGCCAUGAAAGAAACCUCAGUGCCUUCAGGAAACUCUCCUGCUACAUCAUGCAGGAUAAUCAGCUUCACAUGAAUCUAACGGUCGCGGAAGCUAUGAAGGUUGCAGCGAACCUCAAGCUCGGCUCACACGUUAGCCAAGCAGAGAAAGAAGAAGUGAUCCAGGAAAUCCUUGAGACUCUCGGCUUGUCUGAGCACCGCCGUACCAUGACCUCGAACCUGAGCGGCGGUCAAAAGAAAAGGCUGUCCAUCGCUCUGGAGUUAGUGAACAAUCCCCCUAUAAUGUUUUUCGACGAACCAACUAGCGGCCUGGAUUCCUCGUCCUGUUUCCAAUGUAUCUCGUUACUCAAGACUCUGGCACGUGGGGGCAGAACGAUAAUAUGCACCAUUCAUCAGCCCAGCGCGAGACUUUUCGAGAUGUUCGAUGCUCUCUACACAUUGGCCGAGGGUCAAUGCGUUUACCAAGGUUCUACAUCGCAACUGGUGCCUUUCCUAAGGACAAUUGGCCUUAAUUGUCCGAGCUAUCACAAUCCGGCGUCGUUUAUCAUUGAGGUGUCAUGCGGCGAAUACGGCGAUAAUAUCAAGAACUUAAUUAACGCGAUAAACAACGGCAAAUACGAUAUACGCGAAGGACACCCGUUUCCCGAGACGAAAGAGGGAAUGAACAAUUGCACCGCUGCGGCGGGUAUUUUGAAGAACAGUGAUAACUUGGACAAGUUGAAGAUCAAAAACAAGAAUGACAUCAGUAAUCUGGAGGAGAAAUUCACGGAAGAGAAAACUAGCGAGAUUAGUAAUGGAAAACUCAUUUCCGGAUACGCUACAAACGACAUUGCUAAACAAGCACUGGAUGUGGCAAUAUCUAUGGAUCCGGAUAAGAAGGACAAUGCUAACAUAGCCUUGCUCGACGACUCCAUCGUAGUUACACCGGAAAGAUAUCCCACAUCUGAAUUAACGCAAUUUUACAUCAUUCUGAAACGUGCUUUACUUUUCAGUCGUAGAGAUUGGACUCUCAUGUAUCUCCGACUCUUCGCUCAUAUUCUGGUGGCAGCGUUAAUUAGCGCGCUGUAUUACGAUAUCGGAAAUGACGGCGCUAAAGUACUUAGCAAUCUGGGAUUCUUGUUCUUCAACAUGCUGUUCCUCAUGUACACUUCCAUGACAAUCACAAUUUUGUCUUUCCCGCUGGAACUGCCUGUGCUUUUGAAAGAAAACUUUAACAGAUGGUACUCUCUCAAGUCGUAUUACUUAGCGAUUACCGUUUCGGAUCUACCGUUCCAGACCAUAUUUUGCAUAUUGUACGUCACCGUCGUGUACUUCCUGACGAGUCAGCCGGCGGAUAUAACGCGGUUCUCCAUGUUCGUGGGCACCUGUCUACUGAUUUCUUUCGUCGCACAAUCGGUGGGUCUCGUGGUCGGCGCGGCGAUGAAUGUGCAGAACGGUGUGUUCCUGGCGCCAGUGAUGUCGGUGCCUUUCCUCCUUUUCUCAGGGUUCUUCGUCAGCUUCGACGCGAUCCCGGUCUAUCUACGAUGGAUCACGUACCUUAGUUAUAUCAGAUACGGUUUCGAAGGCACCGCUUUGACCAUUUACGGUUACGGCCGGGAGAAACUGAAAUGUUUCCAGGUGUAUUGUCACUUCAAGAAUCCGGAGACGACCCUAGAGGAACUGGACAUGCUCGACGCUGACUUUACUUUGGAUAUUCUCGCUCUCCUGCUCAUCUUCGUUGUGCUGCGAAUUGCCGCGUAUCUCUUUCUGCGUUGGAAGAUCAAGACCGCCCGGUAGACUACCGGUGCGCUUAAGCAUCUUGUAAAAUCAGAUGUGGUUGCGAGUGGACGAACAAGUUAGCACAAGUGUUAUACUUUUACGUUUACCUUUUACCGCGUAGAACUGCGCAGACAACAACGGACGCAUUUUUUUUUGUAAUCGGUAAUCUCGUAAUGAUAUUGUAAAAUGGCGAUAUUGGCGAUAAGAAAGACUCUCUUGCGGCGCCUCACAACAUAGUCAAGACACAGGGAAUUUUACGCGAAUAAUGGAUUUCCGCAGGAUUUCUCGGUGAGAACUCUCACGGUGACAACCAUUCGCCGUCGAAGAGGUACGUCUCGAAAGUACUACAAAAUAUGACUUACUUCUUUCGUGUUUUAGGGUUGCUUAGUUGAUAUAUAGGACCAAUACUAAUGUAACUUAUUUAUAUGAUUUAGUUUAAUAACGACGACGGCUGGUAGUUACAAUAUUGUAACAUAUUUAUCCAGGGUACUAUUCUAUAGUAUACACGUAUAAAUAUCCGAAAUAUGUAUCUUCUCUGUUUUACUGUAUCAGUACCCAUUUUCAUUAGAACACAGCCAAGCAUACGCAUCGAUCUUGAGUUUAUCGUUGAAAUUCAAACGUUUGUCAGCGCGAUGCGAUCGCAGAAUGACUUCGAGACAUUAAAUACGAAUUACUUCUGUAUAAUAAACGUCCAGAAUUGUUUCGAAUAUUAGUCGAGAUAAAAAAAUGUUUGAAGUUAUUUUGAUGAUCUUGAACGUUUUGAAAACAUUUUUUUCUUUAAACAUUUUAUGUUACUAAUUAAUUUCAAUUAUCCAUUUCAUAGACGGAAAAUAAUCUUAUUUCUAAAAACUUUAAACGUUCAGAUAUUCGAACACCUCAAAUGAGAGAUUCUUUACAAAUUCAAGAAUUUCGAAACUUUCAAGAUUUUUCAAGACUUUGAAGACUUCCAGUAUCGAAUAAUAUUUGAGGCAAUUCGAAUGUUUAUACGCUUGAGUUUUUAAAAAAUUUUUCAAAAGAAGGAUUCGAACAGUUAUCACUAAAUUAUGCGGCUCUACGGGAAGGCAAAGCGAGAGGAUCAAUUCACGCGUGAUCCUCGGGAGGGACUUAUCGGUCGCCCUCGAUCGUGUCUACCCUUAAUGGACGAAUACGCGGCCUUAAUCGGUGACGUAUUUCGCGAACGAUCACUCUAUUCUAUCCAAUGGCUGUGAGUUUCAUGAUGCAAAAAAAAAAAGUUAGAAAAAAUCAAAUGUGAAUGCUUGUGUUCUUAAAAUUAUAUUCGGACUAAACAACGAACGUCCAAGGUGAUUUAUAUAAGCGCACGAAUUUCUACGUAUCUUGCCAGAUUAAUUUUGUACUUUGAAGACCAGAUGUUUUUGACGCUUUAUAAAGAACGGCGGUUCUGAUAAAUAGACUAUGUCGAAACAAGUGUUUACGCAUUCCUGUAAAAGCUUAUGAAUAUUCGCAGCCACAUUUCGUCGCCGAAGAUAACGGCGAGCAACUAUACGUAAGGAUAUUCCUUUGACAGCUCAUCACGAAUAAUGACGAAUUUUUCUACGCUACUCUACACUUGUAUCAGUUCAGAAGUCAAGUUUGUACAAAUUUUCAAGAACAAAUUAUUAAAUUAUCAAGUUGAUUUGUUCUUACUUAUGAAUUGCUACUAUUUUUUAUACACAGAAUACGAGGUUAUUCCUCUAAACAAGCGUGAACCCCGACCUUUCUAGUGACAAGUAUCAAUUUCCUAGUAAGCAAAAUGAUAGCAGUCUGUAGAUUGGUAACAGAUUUGAUCAGACAUGUCAGCAGACUGACAUCAACUUGCGUCCGCGUUCAGCUUAUGUUCUGCCAGCAGAGUCUGCUCAAUUUCUACCGUCAAUCUGCUGUCUGAUUAUGUUAGCAGGCUCUGUUAUACUUCUGUUGACGUUCUGCCGACAUUAUGUGAUAUAUCAGAAUUGGUAUCAAAUCUGUAGUUUUUCUAUCGACAAAAUUUAUAGCAAAUACUUGGCAAGAUCUGCUUUUGACAGACUUGGUUGUCUGGGUCGUUAAGUGGCAAAAAGAAUAACAGAAAACUUUUAAGGACGGGAGAGGAAAACAGCGAUUUAAAAAUUGAUCUAAUUGUAAAUUAGUAAAUAAAGUUCUUUUAUAUUCUCAUAAUUCACCAAAGUUAAGAAUUUGAAUCGACGAUUUACAAAUGCAAUUACAUACUAAUACGAUCAUGACGCUUAAACGGAUAAUGUAAUUUUCAUGAUGCGAUAUGUGUAUUUUUACCUAAAAAUGAAAUGAACAAUAAUCAAUCGAUAGCAUAUUCGAUUGUUAAUAUAGAUAUACUUUUAUAAAACAAGUUUUGUCGAGAUGUGCACGUACCUGAUUAUGCCGGUUUGGCAUGAUCAUUAAUAUAUAGGUAAUUAACUUUAUGUUGUAUGUAUAAUACGAAUAAAAUAUGCUUUUCGUAUUACGAUAAAUUUCAAUUUCAAUGA